AUGGGGCAGUUGGCGUCAAAUCAAAUUACUAGACCUGCAGGCGCUCUUCCCAGUGAUACAGAGAAUAACCCUCAAGUUAAUGCAGUUACACUCAGAAACGAAAGGGAAUUAGAGGAAGUGCCAAAGAAGGGAAAGGACAAGCCUAUACCUGAAGGGGAAUUGAUUCCUAAAGCAACACAUGAGUUAAAGAAAGAUGAUGCAAGUUCAGAGCCAGUUCAAUUGAAUAUUCCAUUGGUAGAUGUACUUCGCGAAAUUCAAAAGUAUGCUAAGUACAUAAAAGAUAUAGUGGCUCAAGAGAGGAGAUUGACUAAAUUCGAGACAGUCGCACUUACUGAAGAGUGCACUUCACAGGUCCAACACAAUCUUCCUCAAAAGCUUAAGGAUCCUAGCCACUUCUCCAUCCCUGUGCGAAUUGGUAAUAUCGAUGUGGGGCGUGUUCUUUGUGAUUUGGGGGCAAUCAUAAAUCCGAUGCCCUUGUCCUUGUUCAAGAAAUUGGGUCUGGGAGUUCCAAGACCAACCACUGUGAUGUUGUAA